GUGAUAUGGAUACUGAUGGAGGAGGCUGGACGUAAUCCAAGAAGAGAAAACCAUGGAAAUCCAAAGGACUACUUUUUCAAAACUUGGGCAGAUUACAAAGAAGGAUUUGGAGAUCUUCAGAAGCAGUUCUGGCUAGGAAACGAUCGGAUCUACGCUCUAGCAAAUCGGGGAAACUACUCAGUUAGGUUUGGUUUAAAGGAUAAAGACGGAAACGAGAGGUUCGCCAUCUACCGGGAGUUUUGGAUAGAAAACGAAGACUACCUGUAUAGAUUACAUGUCAGUAAUUACUCAGGUGACGCAGAAGACGGGUUCAGUGGACACAAUGAGUUUAGUUUUUCUACAAAAGAUAAAGAUAAUGACAUUUAUGAAACAAGCUGUGCCCAAACCUUUAAAAAAGCUUGGUGGUAUGACAAGUGUCAUAGUUACAAUCUUAAUGGACUCUACCUGAACGGUGAACACGACAGUUAUGCUGAUGGUGUGGAAUGGAGCACAUGGAAAGGUCAGAAAUACUCACUUCCACAUGUGGAGAUGAAGAUACGACCCCCGUACUAAGACCCUUAUAAUAUGUCAGGAACAACAAACCAAUUGUAUUUUAUUAUUUCACUUAUAACAAAUACGUCUUUGAUGUUUAGAGACUGCUUUAAUUAUUUUGCUUCUAAUAGUUACAAGAUUAAUAAUUACAGGACUAAUAAAUUAUAU